ACUAAUGAGUAGACUUGUUUGAUUUAUUACUAAGCAAUAUAUAUGGUAAAGAUCAUUUUAGAUUGAAAUCAUCUGGAGAUAGUUUAACACGUUGAAUCAGUUUGGCGUCGCCCAUGUGUGAAAUGUAGAUAUAGUGCUUGGUCUACCAACCUUUAAAAUCAAUUUAACCUUUAUAGCGUGCAUGUAAUAUAUUUGAUAUAGAAAUAUAGCAGGAUAUUUGUCAUGGUUAACACUUUAACUAAUCAAUAACCAAGACUUAUGUCACUUAAUUGAUUGUUUAAGGUCCGUUUUGAAACUUGAUUGAAAUAACAAUCUUAUUCAAAGGACUUAAAUCAACCUUUUAAGAAUGUAUCACAUCCCAGAUUAUUCCCGUAGCAUGUCAAUAAAGCUGUCCGAAGUCCUAGACGAUAUAGGUGUUAAUGAGAAAAUGAUAAUGAAGAUGAGGAAGGCUGUUCUAUUGGACGAAACUAUGUCUACAAUAGCUUUACGGGCUACCAGUGAUAAUGCAUGUGUUUAUAAUUUUGGAAGCAGGUCAGAGGGCAGCACAACACCCGGAUUAAAGUCCGAUGCAGAUACUCUCAUCAGCCGAGAUGACGAAUUCACUGUAAUAAGAAACUGGUCAGAAUGGUCUCCAAUUUUGAGUAAUUUCUUAAUGAUACAGGAUGAAACAAUUCCCCCUGGAUAUUGUUUGUUACAGAAACUUAGAGCAGACGCUCCACUCCCAGAAACAAUCGAGGACGGGAAUCAUUUUGUCAAGGACUUGAAUGGUCGUAUAUUGCACAAGAAUACAGUUCUAGAUGAUAUAAGUAUUGAAGGUAGAAAAAGGCAAGGACCUUCCCUUGCGUCAACAGGAGUUCCUGGAGUUUUAGAUUGUGAUAAUGUAUCAUCAUUUUCUUUUAAAACGAUGCCAGAGUUAGCUAAACGUGGUCUAGAUGAACUGGAUGAUUGUCCUUGGCCAACCGAAGAAAUGAAACUCUAUUCAAGGUCUGCUAAAUGUUUUGUUGUUGGGGUAGGGUACAAAGGAAGCGAGAACAGUGAUUUUGAAUGGAGGAUCUCUACUUCGUUGGUUGAACGUUGUUUGAUGUUUAAUUUGAAUAUCACUCAAUUAAGAUGUUACAUCCUGAUGAAAAUGAUCGCAAAGACAUUUAUCAAUUUGGAAGAUGAAAAAUAUGUCUCAAGUUUUAUGUGUAAAACAGUUUUGUUUUACUGUAUAGUAAGUAAACCUAGAUAUAGAUGGGACAUGGAUAACCUUUUAAACCUAUUGAAUUAUUGCCUAUUUACUUGAAGCCAAUGCUUACGUUGUGGAUAUUGUACACAUUUUAUUGUUCGUAGAAACAAUUUGAUGGGAGGAAAAAUGUCUCCUCGAGUAAAACAUCAGUUACUUCAGCGUAUAUCAAAGUUAUUACCAUGUGUUGAUACCUCAUUAUUUGGAAUUCAAUUUGAUCAGCUUGGUCUAAGAUUUCAGGCUAAGCUUAACAUGAUUGAUGAAUCACGUCAUUGCAUUCGACCUCGUGACGAGUUCGUUAGAGCAAGUACAAAUGUUUUAUUACUUAAUGCUGCCAGUGACAUUUUGGAUUACCACAGAACGUUUGUUUAUAAUUCAAAGGACGAUAUUCUAAAAUUAAACACGAAAUCAUUGUUAAAGACAUUGUCAUAUUUGAUAAAGAAUUAUAGGAAUGGAGAUGUGCUUGCAAAAAUAGCCUGUAAACUUCUUGCCCCAUUAAACUGUACAUUAAUUGGUAGUUUGUUGGCCUCACGCAAUAUUCAGAAUAAUGAUAGAAUUUCGCCCGAAGCCUUUGCUUGGUUUGAGUCAGGACUUAACUCAGAUGUUGCGUCUGGCAAGUUGAAAUUUGCGUCAAUGAUAUAUUGCACAGGAGAUAUGGUUAGAUCCGAGGCACUUCUUUGUGAUAUUGAACAACAAUAUAGAGUACAUAUUACUGAACCUAUUUGUGGAUGCUAUGAUUUUCAGAGGCCGUGGAUAAGAAAAGGAUUUGGCCAUAUUUCUAAAGAAUACGAUGUGGAAGCAGCGAAAUCUAUAAUUGCAUUCUGUGUAUGUUUCUUCCGUAGUGAAAUUUAUUGCAUUCCUCAUGAACUGCAAUAUGAACUGUUUAGAUCAAUACCAGCUGAUCUUCCAUUUAGAACAUUUUGGGAUAAUAAUUGGAUGGAUUGUGCUGUCGUUGACUCACUUCCUUAUCUAUACUACCUUCAAUACAAGACAUAUAGCAAUCUACAGAAGCCAUUUGAACAGCAAAAUGCACUCAGAAAACUGACUCAUGCUAUUAAUACAGAGCGUAACUUAGGACACAAAGAAACAGCAUAUAAUCUAUUAGGGCAAUGUAUGGAACAUCAGAACAGAUAUGUUGAUGCCCUUUCAUGUUAUAUGUUGUCGCUUCGUAUAAGAGCGAGAAACAAUGCCGCAAAAAUUCAUCUUUGCAAAUGUCUUGCACGGGUAAUGACGCCAAACCGCUAACCAAUUCGAUAUUUCGGUCUAUUGAGAAAUAACUAAUGUAAAACCAAAGAUAGUCGAUAUAAUUUAAAUAAGUAAAUAAUACAUUUAAAAUCUUUGGAUUUUGACAGGGUCAUUAUGUUGAUUUUCUCACUUUGUACUAUCUGCCUAAGUAUUAAACGUAUAAAUUAAAUCAAUAAAGAAAUAUAGUUUCUAUAAUCACAUGAGAACAUUUCGUAUUAAGUUACUUUCCAUUUGUCCUUUCGUAUUUAAUUAUUCUGAAAAGAUUUAUGAGUGUACAAAUGUCUAGCAUACAUACGAUUCUUCACAUAUGUACGGAUUGAUUUCAUUUAUUUGAAUAAAUAACAUGUGUGUUAUAUCAAAACCGAUUGCUUGAAUUUUUGUUUUGUUCCAACUGAAAAAUGCCAUCUAUGAAAUAAUGUCUGUUAAUGGUAGUUUCACUUAAU